UUCCUAGAGAUUUGCUAUAUUUAUCUCUGUGAUUUAAUGCCCACACGGGGUUUAAAUGCCACCAAGCAGUUGGUGUGAGGAACCAGAGUUUCAUUCCCCAACACAGACUCUGCUUUGCCAGACGCUUGCUAUGGAACUCCUAGAGACCAACCCCUAUAUUUUUACAGACCGGUUCUAUGAUGGGGAAAACUAUCUGAGCCCACACUUACACAACUACGAACAGGCCGCCUAUCAAGACCGAACGGCCAUGACACUUUGUCCUGAUGGCCGGGCAGGUAUAGAAGAAAAAGUCUCAGUUGUGGCAGACCAUAGUCCCGGCCAGUGUCUGCCUUGGGCAUGCAAAGUGUGCAAGAGAAAAAGUGUGUCCAUCGAUAGGCGUCGUGCAGCCACCCUCAGAGAGAAGCGCCGGCUGAAGAAAGUCAACGAAGCCUUCGAAGCUCUGAAACGGAGCACUUUAUUAAACCCAAACCAGCGGCUUCCCAAGGUGGAGAUCUUGCGCAGUGCCAUCCAAUACAUUGAACGCUUACAAGCUCUGCUCACUACCCUCAAUCAACAGGAACGGGACCAACCGGAACUACGCUUCUGUAAUGCCAUCACCCAGCCAGUGGUGCCAAGUGACCAUGGAUCUAGUAGCACCUCAUGCAGUUCAGAGUGGAGCACUCAUUUAGAGUUCAGCACUCAUCCUACAGGUAGGCGGGUACAGAUCACUUGCUGAGUGAUGAUUCUUCUGAAGACCGCAAUCUUCAUUCUCUGUCUUCAAUUGUGGAUAGUAUUGUGGUAGAGGAUGUAGCUGUUGCGUUCCAGGAAGAGAGAUCUCAGAACUGAAGCAGCAGCCAACAGUAGCCAUCUCUUCAUUUUAGUCAUUACCAGCACAUUGUAAAAUAGAAGAAACAGGAUACUAGGACUUUAUAAUUAGGAGAUAUUUUUAUUCUCACUAAUACUGAAUGAUAUUCCAAAUAGGGAAGAGUUCCCAGCUAACACUGGAUGGCAUUUCGUUUCCCAAUCCUGACUGUUCUAGAUAACAAAUGAAGCCACUUAUCCAAUUCCAUAUGCCUGAAAGUGGUUUUGUUUUUGUUUUGUAAACCCUCAAAUUUAGGCAAGCUAGUGAGAGAUGCCUAAUCAUACUCAUUUAAGCUUCUGCCUGGUUUUCAAAAAGAAUAUUGUGACUUCAAUGAAAAAUAUGGAUCUGAAUAGCAUGUCCAGUGUCAUCUGAUGUAUUACUGCAAACACUAAUUAAGGUUGAAAGAAAUAGCAGAACAGCAUGCUAACGAAGAAUGCAUUUCCUUCCCGGUUUUUAGAAAUGAUGUUCCUUUGGGGGCCAAUUAUUUUUUUUAUUGUGGGUGUGUGCAAAUGUGUGUGUUUUAAAAAUAUGCUAUUCGACCAACUUCUUUUGGCAGUUUGCAAUUUCCAGGUGCAAAAGCGAUAGAAAAUGCUGCCACUAAAGUUUUUUCUUUCUCUUUUUAUUUUUACUGUGUGCAGUUAUCAUUUUUGUAUUUUGCUAAUUUAUUGUGAGAUUUUUAAAAAAAUAAAAAAUAAAGGUUU